AUGACUCGACUUGAUGUGCAGUUUUGUAAGGGAUUUGUUCAGACUAAUGUUCAGAACGUUUAUUGUACAGAUGUUGGUGGAAAGGGAUUGAAGAAUAAUAAUGAUCGAUUUAUUUUACAGUUUAAUCAAUAUUAUCAGAAAGGUUUGAUGGUGAAAAAUCAGGAGAAGGGAAUUCCGAUGAGAUAUUUUGAAAUAUUUAUUCAGCAUGUUUCUGAGAAAAAGCCAAUAUUUGCUAUUGGAUUGGCAAAACCUAAUUAUGAUAGAGGAAUGGUUGGUUGGUAUGAUGAAUCGAUUGGAUAUCAUGCUGAUGAUGGAUAUGUUUUUCAUAAUGUUGGAAAUCAACAUAAUACUGAGAAUUUGAUUGGAUUGUAUUCUUUUGGAGAUAGUGUUGGAGUUUUGUUAAUUGGUUCUAAAGCAUAUUUUACAAAGAAUGGAGUAGCUAAUACCAAAGCUUUUGAGCUGAAGAAUUAUGCUCAUGAACAAUAUUUACCAACUUUGUCUUCUUCAGAUUCUGACACUACCAUCAAGGUUUUAAGUCCAAGUGAAUUCAAGUUCAAUAUUGACAAGUUCAUUAAAGAAGAUUUGAAACUCGAAUUAAUAGAGAAUGAGACACCUCAAAGAAGUGUAAAUGAUUCUGCUAAUGACAUGCUGAAUCAUUGUGAUGGAUUGAAAAAGUUAAUUCUAGAUGUGAUAGAACAACAAUCAGUGAAUGAUUCUCUCCAAAAGCAAAAAGAUACUGAAAUUCAAAAAUUGAAAAUUGAAAUUACAGAGCUACAAUCCUCUAACGAAAAACUGAAACAACAACAUGAAAUAACCUUAAAAGAGAAUGAAAAAUUGAGAGAUGUAAAGACAAGACUUGCACUCAAUCAACAAGAUAUCAAUAAUUUAAGUCUGGAACAAUUGAAAGAGUUGUCACGUAUUCUCCUAGAUACUCAAAACACAAUCCAUAGUAAGGAGAAAGACUUGCUAGAUGUUGAGCUACUCUGUGUGGUUUGUCAAGAUAAGAGAAAGAAUACCUUGUUCUUACCUUGUAAACAUCUUUGUGUUUGCGCUGAAUGUGCUGAGAGUGUCAAAUCUACUGGAAAACAAUGUCCAGUUUGUAGAACUGUUAUAUCUGAUAGCAUACAAACACAUCUCUAA